AUGAAUGGAUGUAUAGAGACCAACAGGAAAGAGUUGAGUCCAGUGGACUCUUGGAAGAUGAUGAGCCUGGUUCAGAUCUCCUCCAUGCUGCUGUGUUACCUCUGUCUGUCUCAGGGGAAGAUUUCAGAAUAUCAACUGGAGUCUGAGACCCUGAGUCAGUGUGAGUCUCUACGUGGUGGUAGUUCUGCCCGGCAACAAGACCAUGUCCCCCAGUGCUCAGAGGACGGGCGAUUCAGACACGUCCAGUGCAGCGGUGCUGGUGGUGAGUGCUGGUGUGUGAACGCAGAGGGAGCUGAGAUCUCUGGAUCCAGACAGAACGGAUCAGCUGUGUACUGUCUGACGUCCUGCCAGCUCCACAGACAGCAGGCCCUGCUGAGUGGCGAUGCCCCCCUGGUGCCCCAGUGCCAGGCCUCUGGGGAGUACCAGGCGGUGCAGUGUGACAGCGCCCGGGGACAGUGCUGGUGUGUAGACCUGGAAGGCAUGGAGCUCUACGGGACCCGGCAGAACGGAAAGCCUUCUCAGUGCCCAGGCAGCUGUGAGGUGAGGUCGAGGCGUCUCCUCCACGGCGUCGGGGAGCGCUCCCCCCCUCAGUGCUCGGCCGAUGGCUCCUUCCUGUCCGUGCAGUGCAAGUUUGUCAACACCACUGACAGGAUGGUCUUGGACCUUCUGCACACGUUCAACAGGUUCCCUAAAGUAUUCCAGACGUUCAGCAGCUUCAGACAGAUGUUCCCAGAGGUGUCCAGUUACUGUUUCUGUGCUGACAGCAGAGGCAGGGAGCUCCCCAGCACAGGUGUGGAGCUGCUGCUAGAUGAGGUGUACGACACAGCCUUCUCCGGUCUGGAACCAGGCCGCUCCUUCUCCCAGACCAACAUGUACCGUAUCCUACAGAGGAGGUUCCUGGGCAUCCGGCUGGCGAUGACUGGCAGGUUCAGAUGCCCCAGCCCUUGUGAGAGCGAGCGAUCCGCUGGUGCCCAAGCUGGCAAUGUGUUUGUGGCGUCCUGUGCUUCCGACGGGGGUUACGUGCCAACCCAGUGCCAGGCGGGUGGGCAGUGCUGGUGUGUCGACCCCACAGGGAAGGAGAUCUUUGGGACACGACAACAUGGAGGACACCCUGACUGUGGUGCUGGAGUGAAGGACUGUACCUCUGAGCGUCGCCAGGCCCUCUCCAGACUCCUCUCCAGCCCCUCAGGUCAGGUGCCAUCAGCCAAGGACUCACAGACACACCCAGUCCCAAGUCCCCUGUCUCCAUGCAGCCCCCAACUCCAACAGCUCCUGCUGGGGACUCUAGGAGAGUCCCUUUCCGAGCGAUCCGAUUUAGGAGCCAUCCUGGCUGAGACGAUCCAGGGGAUGUUCCCUAGCGGGGCCAUGGCCCUCAAGGCCCUAUCUCUAGCCUCCAACCCCAAGAGACUCCAGGAGAACCUGUUCGGAGGAAAGUUCUUAGGAAACGCUGGGAUGUUUAACUUCACUGGGGCCGUCGGUGUCAGUGGCACGUUGAGUUUCAGUCAAGCCAGUCUGGCAAACAACCAAGAUCUGGUUCAACUCAUCAGCGCCACCCUGGAAAACGGAGACUUCCUCUCCACCCUACGCCAAACCAUCCUCUUAUCCAAAGCCGAGGACAGCACCCAGCUCGGUGAGCUGUUCAGGGUCCUGUUUGAGAGCGCCCAGUCCGGUGGUGCUGGUUGUGAGAGGGAGCCCUCUGCCCUGUACGUGCCCAGCUGUGAUGACAGCGGCCAGUAUCAGGAGAUCCAGUGCCAAGGCUCAGAGUGUUGGUGUGCUGACCCCCAGGGUCAGGAGGUCACAGGGUCACGUUUCAAUGGUCAAAGGCCAAGGUGUCCGUCACGAUGCGAGAGGGAGCGAGCGGCUGCUCAGAAGGUGAAGUCAGGCCAGGCUGCUGGGGUAGAGGUGUUCAUGCCGAAGUGUGCGGAGGACGGGAGCUACGUGGCCUUGCAGUGUCUGGGAAAGAGUUGCUUCUGUCUGGACCUCCUGGGAGAGAGACACGCCACUACCCCUUCAGGACACACUGUUCAGUGUCCUCCCCCCCUCUCUCCCCUUCCCUCCCCAGGGUCAGCUCCACGCUCCUGUUCCCUGGCGAUGGCUGAGGUGGACCAAUUCCAGGAGGAGGCUGAGCGUCUGGUCCUCCUCUCCAACAGCUCCCACAUCCCUCUGGGCUACAGCUACCUGCUGGCUGAAGGUCUCCGUCUGACCUCUGACGAGCUACUCCACGCCCUCUCCUCCGACCAGACCACGCUGCUCUCUGAUAGGCUGCUGAGCCACUCACACUCUGCUCUACGACUUGCUGCCCACUCCACUCUGCGGUUCUAUUGGCAGAGCCAGCAGGCAGCAUCUGUGGAGGAGAGACAGUCUCUACUGCUGGGCUACCAGCCCUACAGGCCCCAGUGUGAUGCCCACAGACAGUGGCUGCCCACCCAGUGCCACCCCAGCACAGGUCAGUGUUGGUGUGUGGAUGAGGAAGGAGGAUACAUCCCAGCUUCCCUGACCAGUCGCUCCCUGCAGAGACCACAGUGCCAGACCCGGUGUCAGAGAGGUUAUGCUCAGGCUCUGCUCUCUGAUUGGACACAGUCCUCCUACGACCCAACUUGUGAAGUGAGUGGCCAGUUCUCUGUGCUCCAGAAGGAGUCUUCAGGUGGAGGUGGAGCCUGGUGUGUUAGUCCUGUUUCUGGGGAAACCAUCCAGCCUGCUACCCUGAGUCCCAGUGGAGACCUCACAUGUCCUAGCUGGUGUCAGUUGUUGACAGACAGAGGUCAGUCUGUGGUGGGUUAUGAACCAGAGUGUCAGGUGAAUGGAAGACUGUUCUCCCCACUGCAGUGUGACCAGACAGACUGCUGGUGUGUGUCUCAGACAGAUGGACAGGAGCUGCCUGGAACCAGGAAGCCACGUGGCACCGGAAAGACGCCUGCCUGUGACAGUCCCCAGUGUCCCUCUCCUUUCUCUGACAUCACCGUUACCUACGGUGACGUGGUCUGUCGCUCUGACGUGAUUGGUGGCCAGCAGAACUGUGACCUCAUCUGUCACCUGGGUUACGAAAGCACACUUCCUGUAAACAUGCAGUUACUGUGUGACGUGGAGACCAGAGCCUGGGUGACAGAGGCCCCACUUCCUCAAGCCUGCCAGAGACUUCAGGUGCUGCAGACCGUCCAGACCUCUGUGGUGCUCCAGCUCACCCUGCGUCCAGACCAGGGACCCUGCAGCUCCUCCCUCCACUCCAGCCUGCAGACCUCUCUACUCCACGACAUGAGGGCCCAGGGUCUCUGCAGCCUGCAGCUGACGUCCGUCUCUGUGUCAGUGUGUGAUGAGUCGUCCGUCUCUGUAGAGUGUGUGAGUGAGGAAAGCGUCAGUGUUCAGGUCAGCUGGAGGGCUCUUCUCUCAGACCUUCCUGUCUCUGUUCUGCCUGACCUGCAUGACGUCGAUGUAGCGCUCAGUGAGGACAGGCUGUUGGAUGGGCUGCUAGGCCUGAUGGGUAGUGACCCCUACCGCUCCCUCUUGACCUCUGAACCCAGAGUCCUCUCUACCUCAGCACCCAACUUUGGCUGUUCCCAUGGCUACCAGCGUGUUGGAACAGGAUGCGUGGUGUGUCCUGCGGGUAUGUUUUCCAGUGGAGGUGUGUGUUCUCCCUGUCCUCAGGGCUCCUACCAAGACCAGGAGGGGUCAGACUUCUGUACCAUGUGUCCUUCAGGCACGUCCACUAACGGAGCUUCAGCUGCCACACACUGUUUGACAGAGUGCCAGCGCAGUGGCCUGAGGUGUUCAGAGGCAGGGGACUUCCUGUCGGCCCAGCAGGACAUCCAGACCAGGAGGUGGCGCUGUGUCACAUCCAGCGGAGAACAGCUGGAGUGGACAACCACUAGCCAGCCUCUGUCUGAGGGAGAAUGUUCAGUUCUGCAGAGGUUUGAGACAGUUCCCAGAUCAGCGUUCUCUCUAGCAGCAGAAGACUAUGUCGUCCUCAGCUCAGAGACGUCAAACACGACCACGGAGAAACAACUCAGGACGUGUGUGUCAGCUUGUGCCCAGGUCCAGACUUGUCUUUACGUCGUCCUUUACGCUGAAGAAGGACAGAGUCACUGUGAACUCUACAGCACCGACGCUGCUAACAUCCAAUGCCAAACCUCUGAGCAAACCAAAGGGUUCCUGGGAAAUGCAGGUGCUGAUAUGUUCCAGAACCUGAGCUGUUCUCUGAAGGUGAACGGGGCUGACAGACAGAACGUCACGGCCAUCAGGAAGAAAGGUCAUGACUUCACCACUAAGGCCCAGAAGACCUUUGACAGGUUCAGUUUCCGUAAGGCCAGUUCUGGUGUGUCUACCGUGGUGUUUGCAGCUGAAGGAACCACUCUGACCGACGUCCAUCGUUUCUGUCAGGACGAGUGUACCCAGAACACCUGCUGUGACGGCUUCACAGCAUCCAGAACCUCAUUGUGUACCAUUAUGUGUGGUCUGCUGAGCUACCCAGACAUGUUGCUAUGCAGUGAGGCAGACUGGGACAUGUCUGGCCUGGCCAAGGCGAACAGGAUCUGUGGGGCUGGAGUCACCUACAAUAAACUGCAGAAACAGUUCAUCUUUAACUUUGGAGGACAAGACUUCACCAUCACUGAUACAGCUCUGCCAACAUCAAGCAAGAACAAAACUGACUACCAGGCCACCAUUAUUGGGUUCCAAGGCAUUUACCUCUGGAAAGAGUCUGACAUGACCACUCGUCCCAAGACCUCCCCAGCCUGUAGCAGUGUCCUCCCACCACAAGCCCCCAGAGUCGUUCUGUCGGAUGCAGUGAAGGAGACGUUUGUGGCCCUGGACAGCAGUGCUGUUGUUGUGGACUCUGAACGGGACAUCCCCAGCCUCCAAUACUGGAUCUUUAAACAUCAGUUCUCUGCACAGGAGGCUCAGCUGUGGUGUCUGAAACGCUGUGAGGAGGAGGAGCUGUGCCACUUGGCUGAUGUGAGAGAUGAGAGCUCAGUGUACUUUACCUGCGCCCUGUACCCAGACACCCAGGUGUGUGGGGCCUACGACAAACCCCUGAGACAGGCCUGCAACCCUGUGCUCCCCCAGCAACCCCACACCGCUCACACCAAGAAGAGUGAGUCUUUAACUCCAGCACCCCCACACCUCACACACCAAGAAGGCAACCCCACACCUCACACACCAAGAAGGGUGAGUUUUAACUCCAGCAACCCCACACCGCUCACACCAAGAAGG